AUGGCUUCUUUCGAAAAACAAAUUCUGAAAAACAAGGACAAUCUUCUGACUUUUGAGGCAACCGUUGCAGAGAUUCAAGUGAAACUACCACAGAGACAAAAAAAUAUUGAUGAAAUUCUGAAAUCUCUAAACGAAAAACGGCAAGAAGUUCUACAAAUACAACAUGAAAUGGCAGGUUUUCGACUGAAACGAACUGAAAACUCAAUAAAAACAAAGUUGGAGAAAACCAAGAAAAAAUUAGACGACAUGAAAAAGAAGAAGAUUGUUCAGGAUAAAAAAAUCGCCCGUCUUCGAGCAGAUAUUUCGAAAAGCGAGAAAAGUUUUGACAAAGUAGAGGAAGAGAUUCAUAAAGAGAUUCAACGGCAAAUGGAAAAUGAAUCGAAGAAAGAAGAAAUUGAGAGAAGAAUCAAGAUAUUUGAAGUCGAAGAAUCUGGAAUAACAGAUGAAUUCCAGAAGCUUUUGAUCAGUUUAAGAAGUGAAGGAAGAGGAAAAACAAGUGAAAAAAGAAUUGGCGAAUUGGAAGUUCUGAUGUCGAAAGGAAGCAAAUAUUUGGAAGUUUUGGAUCAGAAAAUUCAAAAUUUGAAGAGCAUGAAUCUGGGAAAGUUAGGAAACUCUGAAAUAAACUUACAAGUUCCCUCUGCAAAAAGAUCUACAAAGGGAUCAACAGCACCAUCUAGAAGACGCUCGAAAUCUCAAGAUCCAGAAAAAUACAAUGAAAAAAGCAGAAGAUUAGAGGAUCUCAAGAGGCAAAUAAUACAGCUGAGAAGAGAAUCAGAGGCACUUCACAUGAGCAAAUUUAGAUUAAUUGAAGAGAAAGAAAGUCUUCAAAAAACAGCGGAUGAGUGUCAACGAGACGCUGAUCGAGCUGCACAAAAUCUGCGGAACGCUGAAAAUUUACGAAUCUCAGAACUGAAUAGACAAGAAAAAAAGCUUCAACCCUCAAUAAUAAUAGAGUCAAAAGAUGAAAAACGGGAAAAGGAAUAUUUGGAGAAAAAAGAGAAAUUGUACGAAAAAAUCAAGCAACUUGAGAGAUCAACAGAUGAACAAAAAGAGGAGUUGCAACGGAUACAAAGGCGUUCAGAUUUUCUGAAAAGACAAUUAAAAUCCUACAACGAGAAGGAUUUAGUUCGAUUUGAAAACGAAAAAACUGAAAAAGGCGCAGAAAUUCGGAAUAUGAAACGAAAAUGGCACGAUCAAAUUAUGACAUUGAAUGCGUUGAAUAAGAAACUUCAACAAAGAGUUCUGCAGAGAGAAGCGGCAAUGACCAAGGCGAAUAGUGUCGUUCCCUUGACAACCAAUAUUAGAGAUGAGAGAAAUAGAGAGAUAGAAGAGUUGCAAAAGGAAAUUCAAAAAACGAAAUUGAAUAUUUGA